UGUGUGUGUGAGUGAGAAAAAGAGAGAGAGAGAGAGAGGUGUGUUGAAACUCAAUUCUAUUCCUGCAUUCCUUCCCUCAUCAAAGGCCGUCUAAAUAGAUAGGGGGGGAAAUCAUAAAUUAUACCAUGGUGAGAUAGGACCGUUUCGAAGACUGAUCCGCGAAGGGACAAUCUCAGGAAUUUACAGCGAGGACAGAUUGGAGGAAGUGUGCAGUGUUACAUUACCCGUUUGACGCCUUGUGGACCGUAAAGGCGAAAGGCUGCUUUUAGCCAGGGACGUUUUCUUUUUUCAUUUUUAAAGAGGAACGCAAGAUGGCAGAUGACAGGAGUGAAUAACGAGGACAGCACGGCGCCGUUCCCUUUAAAAUGUAAAGGAUCGCCCAGAAGCUUUUGGAUGUAUUUCAGAACUGGACACAUUGUACUUAUUCGCUUCGACCGGAUACGAAUAAAAGGGAAACGCGGUUUUGUUUCCCAACAGUAAGGCUGUGCUAGAAAAGUAGGUUGGUGUUCUAGCUGUUGCGACCCCUCGCUAGCUGGAUAUGGCAGAUCUUUCCAUUUAGUCAACCUACAACACAUUGCUUGGUAAGCCUUUAAACCUUUUUGUGGGCCGUUUUUGGCAAAUAAAAAGCGAAGGGACCGGUCAUUCCUGUUUUUAGACCCCAGCCCUGUAGUGUGCUCACAGUUAGUUUUCAGAAGCUAAAGCUAGAAUAGUACUACUAGGACAUUUUGUCUAAAAUGAAAGUAACAUAGGCUAUAGAUUUUUCCUGGUGAAUCUAGAUUGCACAAACAUGACGCACUGUAGAUUAAAUGUGAAGGACAGGAGCCCAACCCGGUCUUAAAUUAUUCCACAGAUCUUAUUUUGAAACGUCGUCAUGAUCAGAUUGUUUGGUUUUAAUAAAAUGAACCCUAGAUAACUGUUGAUGUUAGGUUAGGGUUAUUUAAAAGCCGUUCUAUUAACAAUUCAAAAGUCUUAACCCCUGCGCUGGAAAGGCCCAUAAACGUCCCUUCACCUACUAAGGGAGGAACUGCCAAGGCAUAUCAUUCAGAUGUGUCAGCAGAUUAGUCUGUUCAUUAUCGUCACCAGUGAUUCAAUAGUCAGUGUUAGAAAAGAACGACUGAUCAUACAUUAGUAAACAGAACCAUGAUGUAGACGUGACCAGAAACAUAACUGACGCUUAUUACAUGUUCGGAUUAUUAGAUAAGUAGGACUUAGUAAUAAUAUAAUGUUCCAUCAAGUCUACUUUAUGAGCUUCAAUAGUGCUGCUGUUCGGUUUUCCUUUUACAGAAACAUGAACGCCUCUGAAAGUAGGCCUUAAAAUACAACCUGGUUGUAAACAUUGGUUAUUCUUCACUAGAUGAAUCAGGAAGAGGUUUUAUCUGUAUGGGGUUUUGUGAGUGUGUCUUGGUCUCACGUCUGUGCAUCUUUAGAAAGUUCUAAGCCUGCACCUUUCACACGUCAAUAACUCGAAUCUUUAGACGAGAUCGACCAGAAAUGGCUGAAACCUGGAAGAACUGUCUAGAAGAGGAGCUUAUAUGCCCGAUCUGUCUGCAUGUGUUUGCGGAGCCUGUUCAGCUGCCAUGCAAGCACAACUUUUGCCGAGUGUGUAUAAACGAAGCUUGGGCCAAGGAUACGGCCAUGGUGCGGUGCCCGGAAUGCAACAACGCCUACAGCCAGAAACCGGCUCUGGAGAAAAACCACAAGCUGUCCAACAUCGUGGAAAAGUUCAACGCGCUGAACAUUGAAAAAGCUCCAGCGGUGCUGCACUGUAUCCUGUGCCGCCGCGGGCCACCAAUGCCUGCUCAGAAAGUGUGUCUGAGGUGCAAGGCGCCAUGCUGCCAGUCACACGUACAGACGCACCUGCAGCAGCCCUCGUCCAACGCGGGACACCUGCUAGUGGAGGCGUCCGAGGCUCGGGCAUGGAGCUGCCCGCUGCACCACGAGUACCGGCUGUACCACUGCGAGGCCGAGCACGCGGCCGUGUGCCACUACUGCUGCGUAGCCAGAUGCGCCCCACAUCACGGACACGCCGUCUGCGACGUAGAGAUGCGUCGCAGUGACAUCCGGCAAACGUUAAUGAAGCAGCAAGACCGGAUUGAAGACAGAGUUCAAGACAUAGAAGAGCAGCUCUACAAACUAGAGUCAGACAAAUGUCUUGUAGAGGAGAAAGUGCAGCAUCUGAAGGAGGAGGUACAGCUGCAGUAUCAGAAGAUGCAGCAGCUGCUGGAGGAAGACUUGGGAAAGACACUGGAGGUGCUGGAUCAGGCUCACACCAAAUUCUGUCAGGAGAACUCCACCCAGGUGCUGCAGCUCAACCAGAAACGCCAGGAGGCCAAGAAACUCCUCAGCUCCAUCCAGAUGGUCUCUGAUAAGGCAGAGGAUAUCAAAUUUAUGAGGAAUACAAAAGCUGUAAAAAUCUUAAUGGACAGGUCUCAGUCAUAUAUUGGCAAUACCUUACCCUCUUACAAAGUGGGCAGCCUCAAUUCCAAGCUGUUUCUCUCUGAAAUCUCAAAGAGGGAGAAAAACCUGUGCAAAAUGCUUGAAGCUCCUUUAAGCGCUCCUGUAAACUUCUUCCAGACGAUUCCAGCCUAUCUGUGUGCAGAGAAACGCAGGCACUCAGUGGCUUUCUCAGAUGCCGGGGGCAGCAGUAAGGCUGGCUCUAGCUUUUUGGAGUCUUCCUCUUCUUCAUCCGGUUCUGCUGCUAAACAGCCAUGCCUAAGUCUAGCUCCAGCUCCAGGUUCCUCCUCCAGUGAUGGCCAGUCCUCCCAGCAUGCUCUGGGGCCUUGCAACUCUGUGGGUAACAGUAGUGCUGCGACCAGUUCUCAGUCCAUGCACCACUCUGGUUCUGUGUUUCCUCACUCUCAUUAUCCAAACAGCAGCACCUCACAGCUGCCUCAAUAUGGAGGACGCAAGAUUCUAAUGUGCACAGUGGAUAACUGCUAUUGCUCGGGUGUGUCCUCAGUGUCUAACCCCAGGGGGCAUCCACCGUACCCUCGAUCCAGCUCCUUCCCAUGGCCAGUAAGCUCACAGGAGUACUCCCAUCAGCCCCUCCCGUCCACACCUGCAAUGUCUCAGUCUCUCCAGAGUCUGUCCAUGCGGGACUGGAUUGAUGCCUCACAGCCACACAGGCAUCCUGACUUCUACGGCCUCUACAGUCAGUCUUCCAGCAAGCAUUACGUGACCAGUUAACCUCCGCUCCAGUGACUGCUGUCAGUCACAAGAUCGGCUAGGUUUUUAAGCUGUGGGAUCACGAACGAAUGGGAACUUUUUUUUUUUUUGUACAUAAGUUGGAUCAGUCAUAUAAUGUCCUUUAGGUCCACUGUCUAAGUUCUUAAAACAGUAAAUGUUACAAGGUGAAGCAUAACUUUGCACGUAGGAUUUAAUGAUGUUCCCUUAACUUGCGUUGCUACUUACUUACAACAGAAUAAUCCUAACCAGUUUCCAGAAUGGACAAAGUACAGUAUGGUAAUUUGUUCAUUAUCAAUAACGCUGCACUUCUAUGUGAGUUCCUAAUCAUUCAAAUGAUGGUUUACUGUAUUCAAUUCAACAGUCAGCUCUUAAUAAAAUAUGCUGUUAGCAGAAAACAUAAUUCAUACCAUUCACACUAUUCUAACCCACUAUAUUUUAUUUGCCUACUUAUUUCACAUAAGUAGACUAUUAUCCAGUGUGGAAAUUACUUGUAUGGGCAAAAAAUAUUUUGAAAUUUUUAUCUUCCAUGUUUGUUUUCAUCUAGCAGAAGAUAUACAGUACUGUCCUCAGUGUUUUGUUUUUUGUUUGUUUUUUUGUUUGUUUUUUUAAAGAGAAAGGUAUACUUAUUUGUAUAAGUUCAGGUUACUUGUAUAUGUAACAGGUAAUUUUGUAUUUUUAGAGGGGGUAAAAGAAAGGAAAUUUUAAUGAUGCAACAUAAUUUUUACUGUUAUGUUUCUUGAGUUGCUUGUACUUCCCUAUUAAGAAUCUCUCGAUGGAAAUGCCCUGCUUGUUGUGUGCUUUUUUUUUUUUUUUUGGUGCAGCUGUGCCUAGAUGUCCAGGCUCUCAGCAGCUGCCCAACAUGGAUCUGCACAGACAGAGCUACCACACAAAAAAACACCUUUUUAACUUUGUGAAACCCGGGAUGCACUUGGUUUCACGUUCUGUUCCUCCUGUUUUUAUUAUGCAUUUAUCCAGAGUUAUUUGGACCUGAUUUUCUAAAAAUCUGUAGAACUCUGGAAGUACAUUCCUCUCCAUUUAUUAAUAAUGCUGUUCUUCUUUCUCCUGAUUUAUGUCAUGGCACCAAUCAAAGAAUAUCUGGCUUCCUGUCUGUUAUUGAUUGCAUGUGGGAACAAGUUUCUGAGCACUUGUAGUACAAUAAUAAAACUGCAAGAAAUAUAAAAUGACUUUUGAGACAGGGAAGGUUUUUUUUUUUUUUUUAAAUAAAUGAUAUUCAGUAAUGACAAGCACUGACCAAUGAAUUUCUACAGAUGAAAGCAAGAAACUGGCUAUUAAGUGUGUGUGUGUGUCUGUGUGUGAGUGUGCAUUUUGUAAAUAUUUUGUCAAACUAAGACAAAAGACUUGUAUCUGGGAAAUAACUGUUUUUUUUGUUUGUUUGUUUGUUUGUUUUUUCAAAUAAAUAGUAAUUUCAAUAAUGUUUUCAAAUGUUUAAAAACUCA